AUGAGCCUCUUCAACAAGCCCAAGAGUGAGAUGACCCCAGAGGAGCUACAGAAGCAGGUAGAAGAAGAAUUUAACACUGGUCCACUCUCUGUGCUCACAGUCAGUCAAGAACAAUACCCAAGUGCUUAUCAAUUUUGCCUCAAUAACAAGAAACUCCUGGACAAUGUGAAGGCCUUUCAUAGGUACUGCAACAUGGUGCUGGAGAAUAUGAAGGAGAUGUGGACUGAGGUCCCCCAAGAGCGGCAAGGGAAGAAGUCUAAGCCAGUCAACAAAGACUGCUACAUCUCCAAGAUGUUCUUGUGUGGGGACUCAGUCAUGGUGAUCCUGCAGAACCUGCUUAUUGCUGGCAAAAAGGCUCUUUCCCCCACCCCCAACAACUUGCUCCCCCAUCCUGCAAAGGCCUAUUCCACCUUCCCCUUCAUCCAAAGAUUUCUGAGUCUGUAA